AUAUAUGUGUUUUGUGGUGACUUCGACGUGGCCUUUGUUCUCUAUUUUUCAUUAACUGUGAACUUCUCUCCGUACCACUUACCUCGUUACACCAAAGUGUAUGAAAAAUCAGGAAAAAUUCGUUGAUCGUGCGACGAAGAAAGACGUUGUGACAAUAAGAAAAUAGAAAAGAAGAGAAGAAAGAGGAGGAAGGGAAGAAAAGGAAAGAAAAAAGAAGAAAAAAGAGAGCAGAAAGAACGAAGAAAAAAAGAAAAAUCAUAAUGAGGUAUACAAUGGUGACUCUGGUAGCUGCGAUCAGCGUUCUCGCAUUGGUUAGCUCACAUCCUGUGCCACAAGAAAGAGGGUUUCGAUCGGAGGCCAAACGAAAUUUUUUUCAGGCUCUCGAUCGGUUGUUAAUGGUCGAAGCGGAAAAGGAAGCUGCACUGAGGAGUAAAAGGACAAUUGGUAUCCUUCGUCAAUUGUUUCCAGAUAUCUCUCAGGAUGUGAAUCCUGAAGCAGAGAAUCAGGUUAACGAGGUUGGGUCUGAAUCACAAAACAACGAGGUACGGGUGCAAUUUGCCGACGAACAAUCAGCGAACGAGGCGGUACCGAAUUUAACACCUUUGGAGGACGUUGAAAGCAGCGAUGACGAGAAUAGAAAUAAAAGGUUUUUGAACUUUGGAUUAGGGGCAAGUGCAGGUGGCAGCGGAGCAGGCUCAGGCAACUUCCUUUUUGAUAUAAUCAGGCAAGCAGCCGACGGGGCGGCAAGAGCGGCGGGCACGGUUUACCGCGUUGUCGCCGGCACACAGAGCCUAGGGCUCGGUCUUAGCGCCUCGCGAGACGUCGCUGCCGCCGCCCCAGUUGCUGCUGCUGCUCCUGUUGCUUCCUCCACCCCUGGCGCACCCUCGACGGCCGAUGCAUCCUCAACAGCCGCCCCUGAGUCAGCAGCCGGCACUCAACCACCGCUGGUAGCAGGAAGCGGUAGUCAAGGUAACUCAUCGGGCGAUGCUUCUGCCGGAAGGACGGACGGUACGCAAGAAGCUAUACCCGGACCUAUCACCAGGCUCUUCGUUAUUGCCAACCGAGGAAUCUCGAAUCUUCUUCAGGAUCUCAUACUCCGCUUAGCCGCCACAAGCGAACGUAUCGUCAACUUCAAGGCACGAUUGAUCACCUCGAUUAUCUAGGAUCAUGCGAGAAAAUUAGGAUACAGAUCUGUGAAAACCUUCAUGAGUCUUCGUAGAAAUACAUGCAACGAAUUGUGAUUCGAGAAAGCCAGCAUCACAUCCCCUGCUCCCCUAUGCCGGAGGACCACGGGGUACGACGUCGACAACAUUAUCGAUAUAUUUUUUUUCUUUCAUCUCUCUUUCUUUCUCUUACUCGUUAUUUUUUUAUAUUUUACUAUCUUUCUAGACUUUCUAUACGUCGAAUGUUGUCCCCUUGUCCCCGAGAUCCACUAAAAAAGAAAAAAUAUUCUUCGUCGAUCAUUGCUCCAUACGAGUUCAUGUUCGUCUCUCUCUCUCUCUCUCUCUCUCUCUCUCUCUCUCUCUUUCUCAUUCUGUGUUCCAUCUUUUUUACUCUCUCUCUUUUCUUUUCUUCUAAAUUAUACUAUAACUAAUUAAGUUUAAUUCAUGCUUUCGAUUCUCUUUUUUUUUUCUACUAUUUGAUUAAUUUCAUCGUUUUCCCUCAGACGAUGACAAAUAAACACUUCGAUUUAUGAAUAAAUUAAAAGAAUAAUAAAAAAAAAAUAAUGAUAAAAAAAUAGAAAAGAAUUUUAUAAAAGAACGCGUCUUAUGCUGCGAUAAUAAAAAAGAAAAAGAAAGAAAAAGAAAGAAAUAAAGGAAGAAAACAAAGAUUUAUCCUCUCUGAUCGAAGCUUCUCUCGCAUGAUGAGAAGUAUCGCAUAAGACGCGAUUAUUUCGAUGAUCGAUGAGAGAAAAAAUGACGAAUUGCGCCUAUGUAACGUUGUUCUACAAAGUUUUGUACAUAGACCUGUGCCCCCCCCAUCCGUCGCAUAACCUCUGCCCCUCUCUUCUAAGGACACGUUCCGCAGUGCCAGACACUGAUUGUUUUCCUUUUUAUUUUUUAUUUUUAUUUUUAUUUUUAUUUUUGUUUAUUCUUUUCUUUUUUCUUUUUUAAUUAUUAUUAUUAUUAUUAUUAUUAUUAUUAUUAUUAUUAUUAUUAUUAUUAUUAUUAUUAUUAUUAUUCAAUAUCAUCUCUCGAUUAAGUGCAAACGUAUCUCUUUGCCCGUUCCUCAAGUAGAGAUUUUUUUUUAAUAGACGAAAUAAAAGAAAAAAAUAAACGAAAACAAACGUAACGAAGAAUAACGUAAUUGAGCGUCUAAGACCGCGUUGAAGAAAAUAAAUAAAUAAAUAUAGAAAAAUAAAAAUUAUGGUGGAAAGGUUUA